GAGGUUAUCAUUUUAAAUAAUCUUUAUUUACAAUAAUGUACAUAGCUGUUUUAUUUAUUGAAUAGUUUUUUGUGUGUGAAAUGAGUAGUCAAUUUGAUGAGCUACGUAGAGAACUAGAUUAUUUAGGCUAUCCACAAAAGCUCCAUCCAGAAUGUAUUCCAUUGGUGAAAAAACUAUUGGGCGACCUAGAUAUAACAACAACAAAUUUACAAAAAUACAUGAAAAUAUCACAGUAUGCCUUGGAAGAAAAAGAUUUGUUAGAAUCAGCUGCGGAGCCCUACAAGUGUGAUAAUGCCAAGCUAAUAAAAGAAUGUAACGAUUUGCACUUGGCGUUCAUUCAUUUUAAGGAGCAACAUGAGCGAAUUCAAAGAGAUUUAAGACAUCAGUUGUCUACUCUACAGAAUCGUUUGGAUAACUGUAAUUUAGAGAAGCAAAAUUUGGUAAAACAGAUACAACAAUUAAAUCGAGAUAAAAUGAGGAAAGGAUCAAAAUCUCAAGAAAUGAACAAAGAAAAUACGUAUAAAUCAAUUUCAGAGAAAAAGGUUUCUGAUGAAUUAAAUGAUUUGAAAGAAAAAUAUCAAAAAGUGGUACAAGAUAAUGCAUUUUUGCAAAAUCAGCUUAACAUUAGAGAUGGAGAAAUACAAAGAUUACAUUCUGUCAGCCAAGGAAGCAGAUCACUAAAAGACCUGAACAGUGAAUGUUGUUAUAAGAAUUUUGAUAAUAAGCUUCAAUUGCUUCAAAAUGAAAUCAGUGAGCUAAAAUCUGAGAAAAAUGAUCUGCAAAUUCAAGCUGAGGAAGCUUUAGCCAAACAGCACGAAGCAAUGAGAAGAGCUUUGCAUUUAUUAGAAAGAAACAAACAACUUGAAAAGGAAAUUAAAGAAACAGAUGCCAUUGCAUUGGCUGUUGAAAGCCAAUGGAAUAAUUCUAUGAAAUGCACUUCACAAAGAGUUGUAAAAUUACAGGAGGAAGUUAGCGAAUCUAUAACAAAAAUAAAAAACAUGGAAAAAGAGAAUACUUCACUGAAACAAACAAAAUUAAAAUUAACUACAGAGUUAGAAGCUUUAAGACUUGAGAAAGCGCAUAUACAGAAGCAAUUAGAUUUUGAGGUGGAGGAUAAGAAAAAAUUAACAGACAAGAUAAAUAAUAUGACUGUAAUUGAAAAUGACUUAAAUUUGGAAAUUGAUAGAUUAACACGGUUGAGUUGUGAACAAAAAAGGAAAAUUGUUGAGUUGGAAGCGCAACUAGGUUUGCAACGUGAAGGGAAGAACGCAUAUUCUAUUGAUACCACAACACAAGCUGACGAAAUGUCUAACAAAAUAUCCCAAACAACCAAACCAAAAGGCACCAAGAACACAAAACAAAAAGCAGAAGCUAGUAAAGGUGCGAAAAAACCUGUUAGAAAUAAGUCACCUAUUAAAAACGAAUCUCUGGCUACUGAGCAUACUCAGAAAUGUUGUUGUGGAUCAGGAAAUUGUAUAAAGGGUUUUAAAGAACUUUUAGAGAAGGAAAGGGAAUUCAGAGAAGCCACAGCAAACCAGUCCUUAGAAAAUCUGAAAGCUGAAAAAGAAUAUUUUAUGAAGGAGUAUCACAAAGCAUUGGAACAGUUAAGGAAUGUUCCCGUAAAUGAUACCUCAUCCAGUAUUAUAAGCGAUUUGAAACAACAGCUUAAAGAUAAAGAAGCUGUUAUAAUGAGGUUAGAAACAGAAAUGCAACUGAUGAAUAGAGAAAGAUCCCAUGCAUUGUUAGAAAAUGUUGGAAACAACGGUCCUUGUAAUAAUCCUAAUUGUAAGAGACGACAAAGAGAAAUGGAGAUUCUUAGAGAUGACGUCAGACAUUCUGAGAUAGAAUCUAAUACAUUGAAAGCAAAGUUACAGUCAGUAAACGAAACGACGGUUUUUAACGAAGAAAGAAUGAAGAAAGCUUUUCAAGAAAUGGAAGCACACAUCAGAAAACUUGAGGAUGAAAGACGAGAAUUGGUAAAGGGUGAAUUAACUCAAAGGUCCAGCAUAUCUCAUUUAGAAGACGAAUACAAAUCUGUGAAGGAACAACUUAGACAAGCCCAAAUGGAACUUAGCACUUUGAGAGCAAGUUAUAACCAACUCAAAUUGUUAAAUGAACAAGCUGAUCGUGCUCUUGCUGAUGCUCAGAGUAAAAUGUUGCAUGCUGAAACAGAGUUAGCUAAUUAUCAUUCAAUCAUGAAAGAUUCUCACAGAGAAACAGCUGUCCAUGAUAGGGAAGUAACUAGAUUGACAUCAGAUUUGCAGAUAAUGAAGAAUCAACUAUCAAAACUUGACAGAGAAAAAGAUGACAUAUUGAAUAAAUUGGAUGAAAAAACUGAACAAAAUGCAGCACUGGAAGAUCAGCUGCUGUCAAAGAAUAAAGCCCUAGCUAACCUUGAAACUGAACUAAAGGAGCUUAGAAGAAAACUAAGUAAAUUUGUCGAUGAAAGCUCUAGUAAAGAGCAGAUAGCACGAUCUAAGCAACAGGAAAUGCAGCUCUUAGACCAGGAUCUUCAAAAGGAAAGACGAUUGAAGGAAGCAGCUCUUUUGGAGAAUAAGCGUCUGCAAAAUGAACUCAGUAGCGUAACAGCCGAUUGUCGCGACGCACGCAAUGAGUUGGAAAUAUGCAAACGUCAAAUAGAAGAUCUGAAGAGACAGCUACAGCAAUAUGUUGCUGAAGUCAAACGAACCGAAGAUUUGAUCUCUCAAAAAGAGUAUGAAAGGUCUGAAUUGUUGGAUCAAUUCAAGAGUCUUUCUCAAGAGCAUGAUAUAUUGGAGAAUAACAAUCAUACAUUGGAGACUGAAGCUACUCAGAGCCGAAUUCAGUUGUCUGUAGCUUUGGAUCAUACCUCAGAAUUGGAGAGGAGGAUACAGAACCAGGAGUCUGUCAUAAAGAGCUACGAAAAACAGAUUACUGACUUGACUUCACAAGUGGCCAGUCUGGAAAUCCAACUAAAACAAGAAUCCAUGGCUCAAGAACGUUAUAAUUCUGAAUUGAGACAAAUGAGAGAUUUGUGUGUUAAACUUGACAAGGACAAGGACUGUUUGAGACAGGAGCUGACUGGCAAAGAGGAUAUCAGAUCACAGGUUGGAAAAGCUUCCGAAAUGUUGAGAUCGGAAAAGGAAAGUCUUGAAAAAGCACUGGAAAAGGAAAGGGCUAGCCUGGAAGGAGUGGAACAACUGCUCUCCGAAGCUAGGAAAGAAAUUAUGGACCAGAGGCUGCUAAAUCAAGAUCUCCAGGCAGAAGUUGAGAACCUGAAAGAAAGGAUCAACGAACUGCAAGAUAGAUUGAACACAAAUGAAAAAAAUGGUGAUGUUUUGACAACGGACAAUGAAAUGACUAAAUAUUUAUUACCGCCAAACAAGACAAGAGAUACUAUAGAAAAAAUAAACAAAGUGCCGAAAGAUGUGUCACCAAAUGAAAAGAAAGAUUUCAAGACGUCAAAAGAAGAUAAGGAUAAAUCAACUAGUGAUGAAGAAAAUUUUGAAAAAAGUGGAAAUUUCAGACAUUUUGAACAGAGAGAGGCUUGUGAAGCUCACUGUGACGAUGUACCAGAAAAUUUAGACCCUGUGGAUGAUUGCAAUGAUCAUAUCCUUUCAACAUGUACACUGCCAUCAGCUUUAGCUAGUAGUUAUCACGGAUCGGAUGGCGAGUUUCAGGGAACCAUAGAUUUGUCAAAAUUAUGGAAAGACCAGUAUCAUCAACUAUACAACACUAAAAACGCAAUGUUACACCAAGACUCUACUCAUAAUAACCUUCCUGUUCACGCUUCAAACGGAAUUAUGAAAAAGAAAGCAUCUGCUUUAAGCAAAGGAGUUAGAAAUAGGGCAAAUGAAAGUGAGGGUAAGAACACUAAAUACAAGGAUCUAUGUAAUAGUGUCGUUAUAAAUGACGCAGACGCAGACGCACAGAAACAUGACAGAUGCAGGUGUACAAAAUGCAUGUCAAACAGUUCUAUUUCUGAACCACUUCUGCAUGAGAAGUCUUUGAGUACAAGGUCUGCGUGUAAAAAGAAAGAAAUAUUAGAAAACGACAAGAAAACAGAAAGAGAAAUGCCUGUACGUGGAGAAAAAUCGAAUGUUCCAACGAAAACUAAAACCAGAGCUGAAUUUAAUAAAAGCAGCGACAGUGAAGCCACGUUCCAUAAAGUUUUCUCCAUAGAUGGCGUUGGCCUAGAAUGUCGCUGUUCUAUUUCUAGUUUUAAAGACUAAUCAACAAUAAUUUUAUAACAAAUGUGUUUGUUGUGGUGUAAAAUAUAUAUUUUAUGUUUUAAUUAGUAAUAUAGAUCAA